CUGGCGUCCGGGCGGCCGGGCGUGCGAAGGCGGCGGAGGCGGGAGAGGCGGCGAGCGGCGCAGCGGAGCGCCCGCCGGCCGGCCGGGAGCGCGGCGGCGCGAUGGUGAUGGCGGCGAAGAAGGGCCCGGGCCCCGGCGGCGGGGUCGCGGGCAGCAAAGCGGAGGCCGAGGCGGCCUCGGAGGUGUGGUGCCGCCGGGUGCGGGAGCUGGGCGGCUGCAGCCAGGCCGGGAACCGCCACUGCUUCGAGUGCGCCCAGCGCGGGGUCACCUACGUGGACAUCACCGUGGGCAGCUUCGUGUGCACCGCCUGCUCCGGCCUCCUGAGAGGCCUGAACCCCCCUCAUCGAGUCAAGUCCAUCUCCAUGACAACUUUCACUGAGCCUGAAGUUCUGUUCCUCCAAUCUCGUGGAAACGAGGUCUGCCGGAAGAUCUGGAUGGGCCUUUUUGAUGCUCGGACGUCCUUGAUGCCAGAUUCCAGGGACCCUCAGAAGGUGAAGGAGUUUCUCCAAGAAAAAUAUGAGAAAAAAAGAUGGUAUGUCCCCCCAGAGCAAGUCAAGGGGCCAGCCUACAGCAAAGGCGGAGUCUCUACCCCCGCCCAGGGCUCCGCCCCGGAAGGGAAGCCCAUGCGCUCGCUUCUGGGAGAACCUCCCACUGAUGCUGCCCAGCCCGUCAGCCAGCCUCCGGCCCACACAGCCCAGGCCCGGAGCUCCCAGCCGCCCUCCCACUCCGCUGCCAAGAAAGCCAGCACUGACCUGCUGGCCGACAUCGGCGGAGACCCGUUUGCUGCCCCGCCGGCCGCGCCAGCCUUCACCGCCUUCCCAGGCUUCGGAGGGGCCCAGGCUCCUUCCCAUGGCGGCUUCGCCAACUUUGAUGCCUUCAGCAGCAGCCCUGGCUCUGCUGCCUUCGGAAGCCUCCCUGCAUCGGCCCAGGCCCCGUUCCAGGCCCAGCCAGCGCCUGCAGCCAAUCGGAUGCUAACUGGAAGUUACAGCUUCGGGGGCAGCCAGGUGUCCGUGUUUGGCAUCGCACCUCUUGCCAGUCAGCCCGGCGGCCUUUCGGACGUGGGUGGCCUCCUGGGACCCAGGAUGCCUGCUGGAGGUCUCCCUGGCAGUGUUUUCGCGAUGCCCAGCCAGGUACCCGCACUGCAGUCGGCUGUGCCAGGAGCUAGCAGCAAUGCGGGGCUCGCCUUUGGAGCCUUCACCAACCCCUUCGCUACCCCUGCCCAACCCCAGCUGCCUUCUACCAAUCCAUUCCAGCCCAAUGGUCUAGCCUCAGGGCCUGGCUUCGGGAUGGGCGGUGUCGGGCCUGGCCUCCUCCAGCCAGCGCCGCCUCCCGGGGCCUUCGCCAGCACCUUCCCUGCACCGACGUUCCCCUCGCAGGCCGGGCUGACUGAACAGAACGGCUCUUCCUUUGGCGACUUGGGGACCUCCAAGCUGGGGCAGAGGCCUCUGAGCCAGCCGGCCGGGAUCUCUACCAAUCCUUUCAUGACUGGAUGUUCAGCGUUGGCCUCCAAGCCUCCAACCACAAACCCGUUCUUGUAGCACUGUGUCCUCAGGAAGAAGGGGCGCUCCCCACACGGGCCGCUGCCCCCAGAGCUCUGACGACCGUUCGCCUGUGGGGCAUUUCUGUGGGUCUGAGGCAGGGUUAGGGACCUUGGACAGGGGAGGUGCUGACACACAGCUGGGGGUUGCAGAUGAGUCAGGCUGCUCUGUGCUGGAGGCGAAGCUUCCUCCCGCAGGCGACCCAGGACAAGCCGGAGGGGGCCGAGUCUGAAGAUGGCCCCUCCCGGCCUGUGGAGAGAGAAGUCAGCUGGCCUGGCAAGCAGCCCCCACCCCCAGGGAGCCGCUCCUCCUCACCCAGCCUUCCAAAGCCGCCCUCCUCCCUGGCAGAAACCAGGCCAGGAAUGUAGGGUAAAGAUGAGGCCUGGCGUUGAAAGCCACCAGACAGCUCCAGGACGGAGAAAUUCUGGUGUCCAAUGCUUUUGCUUUCCAGGCUCAGCAACACCCACUUUUCUCCACCUCAGCCCCCACCCCCAUCCUGGUACUCAGGAUGCUGCAGUUUCACCUACAGAGCACACACGUGCCCGGCUCCCGUCAAGCACUUUAGUUAGCCGUGUCAUGUUUGGAUACCAGUGUUUUAUAUUUAUAAAUAGAGAAUUUUCUAAUAUAGCCUAUCUAUACAUACGUAUAUGCACACUCGUGUAGACAGCUAAAUGCCCCCAGCCACCCUUCCUCUCUCAGACCUCUCACUAGCUAGAACUUGGGGUACUGAGGUAGGAGGAUCACAAGUUCAAGGCUAGCCUGGGCUACAGAGUUCAAGGACAGUCUGGGCGAUUUAGCAGGACCCUGUCUCAAAGUAAAAAGACAAAUAUUAAAAAAUAAGAGGGCUCAGGAUAUAGUUAGUGGUGCCCACCUAGAGCUCCCUACUGAAUGUCUGGGGUGUGGCUCAGGGUUGGGGCACCGGCCCAGAAUCCAGGAACCCCUGUCUGUGCCUGGCUAGUCAAGCCUGGAGCCCCAGGGGUUGGGGGAGGGCGGCCACAGGUCCUGAUGCCGUCCACAACAGGCACAGGCCUGUGCCCCAGAGCCUGGGCUUUCCCAGCGAAAGGCCUGCACUUGGCUGGGAGCUUUCUCUCUCCACAUUCCUCCUUCUGCCCCAAAUACCUGCACCAAAGCUUGUUUGAAGGUAAUGCUGGAAAAGACUGCAUUUGAAAGAAAAAAGGGUCUGUGUGUCUUUGUGCCAGCUGGACAAGUCAACAGGACAGCCAUGACUCCUCCUGCCGGGCAAGUGACUGCAGCCGGAGCUGGACUGUGUGCCCUCAGUGGCUGAGGGUCCUGAGCUGGAACUGUGGUCCUGGGGCAGGCUGGGAGGCAGGUGUUGGGGAGGUGGGGUGUGGACUUGCUAAGUAAACACCCCCGGGUGUCCUUCCCGAGGUUGGUGUGUCA